AUGUCGGUCAUCCAGAAUGAAGAGCUGGUCGCGUAUCAGCUGCGCUGUGGCUACCUUACAGAAAUUGCCGAUGGUGUCGGCGAACGCUUGAUCACUCUUAAUGAGGGGUUCAUGAACUCGUCGGCUUUCAAGGCCGUCGCAUGGCAAGCAAACCCAGAUCUUGUUAAGCGAUGCUACUCCCCUCCGAUUCCGACUGCUAUUGCCUCCGAAUACUUUCAGGCACCGCGACAAGCGGGUGUCACCCUUGAAGAUGAACCUGAUGAGACUGGAAUGUUGACAGGCGGGGGCACCGACACGCUGGGACCCGGUAUGGCCACUAGAAGGAGGAGACGACGAGAAACACUGGAGGAUGACGACAGCAGUGAUUUGAGCGAUGAAAGUGACGAUGAUGAUCCCAGCCAACGAGCUGCUCAGCAGAUUAAGUUCGCGAAGAUGCCCGUCAGAUCGAGGGCCGGCUCCAGCCCGAUUCAGUCCUCCCAAAUCAAGCAGUCCCCAGCCUUGUCCCCCCGAGCAGCCCCUGGAGCGCGACGAGGGUCGCAGUCAGCCUUGGAAAUUGUCAAGGAGAGGGCUCGAAGAGACACUGUCACUAGUAGCGAAGUAUCUUCGGAGAAUGAGUUCGAUGCCUCUGGAUUCCACCGGCAGAGAGAGGCUGCUAGAGCUGCCGCCAAAUCUGUUAAGCUCCAGGCCAAGAUCAUGGAGGAACCCAAUAUCGGAAUCAAGCGGUCAGGUACGGGACUUUUGCCGGAAGAAGAGGAAGACUCGGAUGGGUCAGAUAUGUCUGGGGCAUAUGUCGAAAGUAUUGACUCGGCGUCUAUUCUCGAUGCCGUCCAAAACCCAGAUCCUCCUCCUCACAAACAGGUUGUUGGCACACCUCCUCGAGAAUUCACAAGAACAUCUACAAUCCGAAAGUCGCAAGCACCACCUAGAGUUCUUCGACCGUUACCUCCGCCUCGCCCUAUGAGCACUAUCCGGCCCAUGAGCAUGAUUCAGCCCAAGAGCUUGUUAUCUGCAGCACUAAAGGCAAGAAAGACUAAACCCAAGGUGCCUUUCGAGAACUUUGCGGCACUUUCUGGCCAAGGCGAGAAUAACCCCAUCGCUGUCCGCAUCUAUCCUGCAUUUUCGGAUGAUCCCGAGAAGCCAUACGAGGUCCUAAUACGACGCAUGGUGCACCACGGCGAAGGUGGUGACCGGUCUGUCACAGUUGCUGAUCUGAUUGGGCUCGCCCUUUGGAGAUACAACGAGGAAAAGCGACAGCCUCCCAUACCCUCAGAUAAGACAAACAUCAAUUGGUGGACAUUACGAAUGGUGGAGGAAGAUGGCGAGGUCGAUGAUGACUUCCCACCCUUUGAACGGACCAAAACGUUGACCUCUUUCACAACGGCUAACAACCGUGCGGCUGGAAGAAUGCGCGCAAACUCCAAGACUCACGACAACUUUGGUCUGGUCAUGGCUUCUCAAUCCGAAUUUAAUGAGAAUCAGAGCAUUACGCCUCAGCCCGAGGAGGAGGAGACGGCUGUAGAAGAAACGGCAGAUGAAGAUACUACACCUCGCAACACGCCGCAGCCAAAUAUGCAUCAAUUUAUGCCAGUCUCAGCGGAGCCUCGCCCGAACCCCGUUACGAAUACUACCUAUCGUCAACAGCAUAGUAUGUUCGCCGACGCACCUCAGGCGCCUGCUGCCGCGCCAAACCCUAGUCGAGGUCAACAAAAGCUUUUGCGCGUGCACCUUCAUUCGACGGAUGUGGCUCCUGGGCAACUAGUUACACUGGAUACCACCACAGAGACGUACAUGGCCGAGGUACUGGAUCUUGUGUGUCGUAAGAGACAGCUGGACAAGGCCAAUCACGUACUCAAAAUGCCAGGUGGAGGCCCUGUGAUUUUGCUUGACACCAAGGUCCAGGCGAUCGGUAGUCUGUCGGAUCUAGAGUUGCAUCGGCGACGCUUCGCCACGGACGGCCCGCUUGCCAUGACGGGCUCACCAAGUAGCGCUUCGCCGAAGCUCCUUCCCUUCGUGGACGGGCAGCCAGGACGUAAGGCGAAGAAGACGCACAUUAUGGGCAGCCACCCGCUCGCUCAAGAGGCGAUCAAGCAGGCAGAGCUUACUAGUGCCUACCAUAAAUCGUGGGUUGUCUGGCGCUUGCGUACAGUCCGCAUGAUUACACAGUCGGAGAAACGAUUCGAGAUUGAUGGAGAGUAUGUGCAUAUCAAGCCGACGACAAGGGAUUCCAAGACAACGACGGCGCACAUAUCACAGGUAAUCGGAUGCAAGGUGUCAAGCAAGCAUCCGAACCAGUUCAAGGUGUGUUUGACAUGA